AUAGAGAAGAAGACGCCUCUCAAAACAAAUCAAUUCCACCAUGUAACUUUAACUGCUUGUUUUCAGUCUUUAUGCAGUAAAUUAGAGUGCUCUCUUAUUUAGGGGAGAAGUUUUGUAGUUUCGGAGAGAUAGCGACGCCAGUCCCAUCUUUGUCAUUUAGUUGUUUCCAAUACUAGCCAACUGUAGCCGGCCGGGUAGCUAGCUAGCUGGCUAACAGCAGCUAACCUCUGCUACCCAAAUUUUCAUCACCGGUGUGAGAAGAUGGACUCAAGUGUCUUUACGGCCAUUUCCAAAGGUGACCCUUUACCUCUGGCGUCACUGCGUCUCCUGGUCCCACCUUUCCAGCUUAUGGCAGCCUCCAUGUGUCAGGUUCUGAAGAGACAAGAUGUGAUGAACUACUGGAAAGUGGCAGAGUUUGUCUCUUUGGUGACGGACAUGGUUCCAGAGCUGUUAAUGUACAAGCACAGGAUGCAGCUUAACCUGGGGUUAAGAGCCAGGUAUAUUCUUGAGCUGUGCCGAAGUGAACAGCCUGUGGAACUUGACUUCGUCUUGUCUCAUCUGGACCAGAUUAAACCACAGCACCCCGCCCUGGUAGAUAUAAAAGAAUCAGAAGAGGAGGAAGUCGUGGUUAACUUUCGUGAGUUAAUCCAGACUCUGCUGAAAGAUCCUGAAGAGAGACAAGACUUUUUCUUGGAGGUCUUUCCUGUUGAGUAUGGACCUCAGUAUGAGAGUGAUUUACAAAUGCUGUUCUCUGAGUUCCUCUGUCGGCUGGCUCAGCUGUUGCCAGUUCCUGACCUUGAGCAGACUGUUUCCUGGCUUGGAGCCGAAUGCUCUGUGUUGGAGGAUUGUGUGCAUUCAGUCUCUGAGCCUACAGACUUGAAAAAUUUGCUCCAGCACCACAAACACCUCGGGCAUUUAGAGCAACAUGUUCCACCUUCUAGCAUGGGCGACAGCAUCCUGUCCUCCCUCUCUGCAGCUCCCCCCAGCCGAGUGGCAAAACCCACAGAACAACCCAGCCAAUUAGAUCCAAUGCAAGGCCUCAGCGAUGACAAACACACUGUAUUCGUGGAUGGCGUAGCAGUUGAAAUAAUCACAGUGACAGAUUAUACAGAGGUUGAAUUAGACGCAAGCACCGACAUCGAGGUGGUGGUGGAAGAAAACUGCUUUGACCGAACAGUGGUUGAAGAUUCACUGGUAGUGCUUCCCGAUGAGACAACCAAGGAAGAAGAAGUGGGUGAAGCAGAGGAAGAAACAACACAAGCUGUAAGUGGUUUGGCAAACAUCAUCCAUCAGGAGAUGAAGAAGGAUGAUAUAGUGUCCUCCCACCAAAAAGUCUCAGUGGGACCUCAUGACUGCCCAGACUGUGAGAAGAAAUUUAAGUUUGCGUCUUCGCUAAUCGCCCACAGGGUCAUCCACACUGGUGAGCGCCCCCACCGGUGCAAUGACUGUGGUCGCUGCUUCUCUUUCAGGCAGUCCCUCGACAGGCACAGACACACGCACAAAACUGGACGCAAGUACAGCUGCGCUAUCUGCAGGGAGACGUUUGACUCCUUAUCAGCCCGCACAGAGCACAAACAAACACACAUGGAAGAUAGCGUUUACACAUGUCAUCAGUGCAACAAGAAAUUUAACUGGGAGCUGGCGCUUGCGAGGCAUCUAAAAACUCACACUGAUUAUCACGAUACAAACAAGCCUACAGGAGACCAUAAGGAUGAGCAAGAGGUCGUUAUAGGUGAUGAAACUGUCAGUGAGGCUCCUGUUGUGCUUGCUGAGCCUGACAGUCAGCUGCAGGCGGAUGAUAAUGGCGAUCAUGAUCCAGAGAACACAGAGGUUGAGAACAGUGAGCGUCCCACCUCUGAGCCAGAAAGCACAGUACCUGAACUAGACAAUGAAGUAAUUUCCUUAGUGAAGGUCCGCACAAGUGGACGCAAACGCAAACCUACCAUGAAGAUCCAGGUAAUAAAUUUACAGAAGCGCAUGGCCACUAAAAGAAAGAAGGAGAUCACCAAGGCCAACCCUCCAGAGCUGAAUCCUUUUCCCUUCAACUGCAGUUCAGAGCACUCUUAUGGUUCACACAUGGUCUCAUCAAAGGACAGUGAUGAGAGUUCUGUAGCAGAUGGCUCGUCAGCUGCUUUCUCCUGUCCUAAGUGCUUCUUCCACCACUCAGAAGAGGCACACGUCCAGCAGCACAUUGACAAGGUCCACUCAGUUGAGAUGGAGGAUGACGAGCUGUCCUCUCAGCCCCUUGCUGAGGAAGAGGGACGCUUUAGUUGUCCAGACUGUGAGAAGAGCUUUAAGUUCCAAUCUUUACUAAAAGCCCACCAGCGCAUCCACACUGGCGAGCAGCCCUUCUUGUGUUCUCAGUGCGGGCGGCGGUUCUCCUUCAAACAGUCCUUGGAGAGGCACAAGCAUACGCACAAGUCUGGGCGCAAGUACGAGUGCCUGAUCUGUGGCGAGUUCUUCAAAUCCGUGGUGGCUCAGAGGGAGCAUAAGAGCACCCACAUGGAGAACGGCGAGUACCUGUGUUCAGAGUGUGGCCGUUCGUUUGCCUGGAAGUCUGCACUGGUGAGACACCUCAAGACCCACAGCGAGGAUGCUGACAAGGUGGAGCGUUCUUACAAAUGCCCUCACUGUGACCUUGGCUUCAACUGUGCCAGCUACCUCAACAGGCACCUCCAGACUCACCAGGAAGAACGAGUGCACACCUGCAACUGCGGAAAGAGCUUCGCCUACCGGGCAGCUCUCACUGCACAUCAGCGCAUCCAUCAAAAGGAGCGGCCGCACAUAUGUACACAGUGCGGCAAGGGAUUUCUCUACAAGGGGGGUUUACUGAGCCACAUGAAGAUCCACUCAGAGGAGAAGCCCUUCAUGUGUUCCUUCUGCGGUAAGAGCUUCAAGAGGGAACGUAACAUGAAGAAGCACGAGCGCUGCCACACACGGGAAAACGUUUUCAGCUGCUCGCAGUGCGACAAGAACUUUGUCUAUAAGGCGACUUUGAUCAGACACGAGCUGACUCAUUCAGGUGAGAGGCCGUACCUCUGCUCUGACUGUGGGAAGGGCUUCUUUUCCCAUGCCGAGCUUCUAAAACACGAGCGUUUCCACACGGGCCACAAGCCCUUCCAGUGCCCCCACUGUGGUAAGAGAUUCACUCAGUCCUGCUACCUGACCAUCCACUUGCGAUACCACACAGGAGUCCGGCCAUACUCUUGCACCGAGUGCGACAAGAGCUUCCUCAGUGCCAACCGCCUGAAGAGACACCAGCGAACACAUUCAGGGGAGAAACCUUACCUCUGUGUAGAAUGUGGGAAGGGAUUCAGGCAGUCAUAUAAUCUGAAGAUGCAUCAACGAACACAUAUCAUGAAGUUAAAAUAGACUUUAAAGGUACACUAUGCAGAAUUUCCCCCCCCAAAAAACAAUGUUUUCACAGCUGCCCAGAAUACCAGUAUUGAGUCUCAUCUUUGUAAAUUUUGAAACUAUUCCAGGUGCUUAACUUAAUUGACAUCUAGCUAGAGAAUCUGUAAGCCUGUCACAGGCUGUGUGUUAGUCACAAAACUAGGCCAAUCACUAAGUUUGAAUGUCCUUCUCUGAGAAUAACUAAGAAUAAAUAUAGAUGAGUGAUGAA